AUUUAGUGGUAUUUUCUCGCAUCGCCGCGUCGGUCACACCAACACAAGCGUGCUACCCAUUUCCGGCUGUUCUUCCUCUUUCUUUUGCCAUUGUCAGCCGACGAAGUGCUUUAACCCAAACUAUUAUCAUGGUGGCCGUUAAGAAACAAAAGAAGGCUCUGGAGAGCACCAACGCCCGUCUGGCGCUGGUGAUGAAGUCCGGCAAAUACUGCCUGGGCUACAAGCAGACCUUGAAGACCCUGCGCCAGGGCAAGGCCAAACUGGUGCUCAUCGCCAGCAACACGCCCGCCCUGAGGAAGUCCGAGAUCGAGUACUACGCCAUGCUGGCCAAGACUGAAGUCCAGCACUACAGCGGCACCAACAUCGAGCUGGGCACCGCCUGCGGUAAAUACUUCCGCGUGUGCACCCUGUCCAUCACCGAUCCUGGAGAUUCGGACAUCAUCCGCUCGCUGGAGACGGCCUAAACAUUUAUUUUUAAUCGAACAAGACGACACAAUAAAGUUUUGUAUGAGCAGAGAUAAAGUUUAAAAUAAAAACACUAUUAUUUUUGGUAAA